GACGUCUCUUUGAGGCGACAGAAGGAGGGCGGUUUGAAAGCAAAACAGCCAACUUGUGUCAAUUUUCGGAAGAUAGCACAUAUUUUGUUAUGAGGUUGAACUAUACCCGCAUUUUGAGCUAAAACCUUUAUGUCAGAGGUUUCCAAGAUGAAUGCAGAGUUAUUCUUGCUCUUUUUAGACGACUUUCCUAACGCUAACGGGACUUGGUGAGAUAGUUAGCUUACUCUCUCUGCUGCAUGUUGGACACCGAGCUGUCUUUAGCUUAGUGCUUAGUCCGUUUAAGGAUGGCGAGUGUGCAUGAAAGUUUGUAUUUUAACCCCAUGAUGACUAACGGGGUGGUCCACGCUAAUGUGUUCGGCAUUAAAGACUGGGUGAGUCCAUAUAAAAUCUCCGUGCUGGCGCUGCUGUAUGAGAUGACCUCUUCAAAGAUCACCCUGCCUGAGAGAAGGCGGCUGAACAAGCUCAUCCUGCCCCUCCAACAGGGUCCAGACCUGACUCUUGGUCAGUUCUUGAAGACUGUGGAGGAGUGUUGUCCUCAGACCGCCUAUGCAGUCAAACUCAGGCUGCAUGAGAUGGCAGAUGGAGAGCUGAAAGACAUGGAGUACUUCUUCUCCACUCUGCCCACUCCGUUCACCGCUUUCGAUUCUGAGGCUUACAAAACCAGCGUUGUAGGUCUUUUCAUGAGGCACAUGCUGCUGGCAUACAACAAGCUGUCUUUCAGUCAGGUGUACAAGCUGUACAAGUCCCUGCAGCACUACUACCACAGCCACUACGCCAAGCCUACGGACGGGCAGGUGUGUGUGCCCACGCUGGCUGCAGAUGACUCGGACAUGGACCUCACCAGCACCGAGGACACCGUGGGGGACAGAGCAGACAAAGAAGAGCUGGACACUCCACUGCACGAGUCCGAACUUCGAUGUGACAACACGCCGAGCCGGGGCCCCCUCUCUCAAAAACAGGCCGAAUACUUUCUUGCUAGACAGGCUUACCUUCUGAAGAACGACGAGAACAAAGCCCUCAGGCCGGCGGCGCUGCAGGAGGAGCUCAACAACAUGCUGAAGUUUAACCCGGACUUUGCAGAAGCGCAUUACCUGAACUACCUGAACAGCAUGAGAGUCCAGGACAUCUUCCUCUCUGCUCACAGCCUCCUGCACUACUUCGACCGCCUCAUCCUGUCCGGCAACGAGGGAAAGAGCAACGGAGACGAGGGCUACGGCCGAAGCCUCCGCUACGCCGCGCUGAACCUGGCCAGCCUGCACUGCCGCUUCGGCCACUAUCAGCAGGCCGACCUGGCUCUGCAGGAGGCCAUCCGCAUUGCCCAGGAGUCCAACGACCACGUGUGCUUGCAGCAUUGUCUGAGCUGGCUCUACACACUGGAACACAUGAAGGGAUCGGAAAGCACGGUGUUGACUCAGGACUCUGUGAAAAUGGCCGCUCAUUUCUGCCUGCCGUACCUGGGAUCUCUGGACAUUCAGUCGCUGGUCCAGCAGGGGGCGAUGCAGGGUAAGGCUGCGCACAAACUGAUGGACGCUCUGAAGGACACGGAGAUCCUGCACUGGAAGCAUAGCCUGUCGGAGCUGAUUGAGAUCAGCCUGGCUCAGACCACGUCCAUAUGGAGAAUGUAUGGCAAGAGCACCAUGGCUCUGCAGCAGGCCCAGCUCCUUCUCAACAUGAGCAGCCUAGAACCGGUGAACUUCGGGGUCCAUCAGAACAACACGGAGGCGUUCGCUGUGGCUCUGUGCCACCUGGCCGAGCUGCACGCCGAACAGGGGUUGUACAGUGCAACUUCAGAGAUUUUUCAGCAUCUGAAGGAACAGUUUCCUCCUCACACACAACAUUCAAAGCUCUGGAUGCUUUGCGAUCUGAAAAUCCAGUUUGAGAGACACAUGAACAACAGGAAGUACCAUUUAGCAGAGCCGCUUGUAAAGGCCAUGUCUGCUUUAAACAAAACGGAGGGACUGUACAGGAAAGCCCAAGUCCUGAAGGCCCUGAACCGCAGCACCGAGGCCUACAGCAUCCUGCAGCAGCUGCAGGUUCACUGUGAGAAGACCAAGUGCACGGAGAUCAUCAUCAGAGUGAUGCUGUCCACCGCAGAGCUCCACUGGGAGUCGUCCAGCUUCUCCACAGCUCUUCCUCUCCUCCUGCAGGCCUUGGCUCUGGCCAGGCAGCACCACCUCCAGUCCCUGGCCUCGGAGGCCAUCCUUCAUCUGGCUUUCACUCAGCUGAUGCUGGGCAUCCCUGAGCAGGCUCUGAACGUUCUCCAUGAAGCCAUGGAGCCCAUCCUCGCCCACGGAGCCGUCAUCGACAAAGGCCGCGCCAUGCUGCUGGCAGCUCGCUGUCACAUGGCUGUUGCUGGCUUCAGGCUGAAAGGACAGGGCCAUCUAGGUCAGCAUUCGGCAGCUUUGGCUGUUGACGGUCUCAACGAGGCCGAGUCUUAUUUCUCCAGGCUGAACUGUAAGGAGCGCCUUCGGGACGUCCACUACCUCCAGGCACAGCUUCACCGCUCGCUGGGACAGACGGCGCGGAGCAACAAAAGCGCCAUGAACUUCAGGCUGCUGGACCAGGAGCUGCAGUCCCCAGCCCCGCCGGUCUUCAUGCAGCUCUGACAGAGCGCUGCCCUCACAGCAUCAUCAGACUGAUUGAAUUACCUCAACACGGCACAUACAGUACCGCGGCUCACCACUAGGUGGGGGUGAACCCUGUCCUGAUUUGUCUCAGCACUAAAACACAGCA